UCUCCUGGUAAAACGAACAGGCCCAAUGAAAACUUUUCACCACAUAGAAACUGCUCCUCAGUGGGCGUUUCCCCUCUUAAGUUUUCUUCAUUCAAGAAAAUUCCCUAAAAUUUCUCAUUGAAUUUCCUUUCAUAGAAAAAUCAUAUUGAACAUGAAUAUUUACAGUUAUUCCUAUUUCUUGUGCUCAUAAAGUUCAUAAGAAAAUUGAGGAAAAAGCAUCUUUUAGUCCUGCCCCAAUUUGUGGAUUCUCAGUCCUUCCUUGGGGUUUCAGUGGAUUUGGCAAUAUUUCCUGAAGCUCUAUGAAAAUCUCAAUAUUUGGUACUUCUGGUUUCAUUCAGGGUAACAAUAAAGGGAUAGAUUUAUAGCAUAGUACUUUUUUCAUUCCCUUCUCACAUUAAUAUUCUUUUAUUACCAUGUGGAUUUGAUAUGUCUUUAGAAGCUCUCUGAACUCUGAUUUAAGGGGAGUUCUGCCUUUCCUUCAGUUUAACAGAAGCAUUGGGAAUCAUCUUUCUUGGAUUUCUCUGUAAAUCUGCAUCUGCCUUUGAAAUUCUGUAAACUCAAGUGUGUUUAGGGAUUGGGAAUCGCUGUUUCUCCAUGAAUUUGAUCAUUUGAGAGAAUCUAAGAGGAGACUGUCAUGGAUUCUAUGUUUUGGUUAAAUGAACAUGAGGUCUUUUAUGAGUCUGAGUAACUGAAGAAUGCGACCUCUACAAUUGGAAUCUUGCGAAUAUUUGCCUGGGUGCUCUGUUGAGUUCAGCAUCUAUUAAGAAACUCCAUCCAAACACGCUUGUUGGAUUCUUGGAUUUUUUUCAAGGAUUAUUGGGUUCUUGGUUUUGCUCAAGUUCCACAGAAGAAUGAUCCCUGAAGCUACUGGAAAUUCCUCAGUGGACAUACCUUCAGAAUGUGGUGACGAGUCAGUUAAUUUGGAAAGAAAUGGUGACCAAAGAUCUCUAUACACUUCCACAUCUAACAAGGGCUUUCUCUCCAAGAAUAAUGAAAACCCUAGGUCCAAGAAAUCAAUCUUCAUCACAAAUCUGCCAACUAGAGCAGGGUUUCUAAGACUGAGUUCUCGAAAUCUUCUACCUUCUCCCUCAGCCAGAUUCCGACGCAUUGCAGAGGAGAGAGAAGAAAUUUCACGUUCGGUUCUUCGUCCAAGCACCCAAGGGACCAAAGAGGGCUUCAAUGUUCCAUUUAUAGGAAGUAUCAAUUGGGUUCACCUAAAAAAUCUAUGCAAAGAAUGGAUCAAGAAUCCCUUGAACUUAGCCCUACUAGUUUGGAUCAUUGCAGUUGCCAUCUCUGGUGCAAUUCUCUUUCUAGUCAUGACUGGCAUGUUGAACAGAGAUUUGCCAAAAAAAUCACAAAGGGAUGCCUGGUUUGAGGUCAAUAACCAGAUUUUAAAUGCACUCUUCACUCUCAUGUGUCUCUACCAACACCCUAAGCGAUUCUACCACCUUGCCCUUUUAUGCAGGUGGAGACCUGAUGAUAUACUGAAACUUAGAAAGAUUUAUUGCAAAAAUGGAACCUAUAAACCCCAUGAAUGGACCCAUAUGAUGAUAGUGGUAAUGUUAUUGCAUGUCAAUUGCUUUGCACAGUAUGCACUAUGUGGUUUGAAUUGGGGGUAUAAAAGAUCACAGCGCCCCCCAAUUGGGGUCGGUUUAUGUUUAGCAGUGGCCAUAGCUGCUCCAGCCUUUGCUGGAAUAUAUGGUAUUGUAAGUCCUCUUGGAAAGGAAUAUGAACCUGAAAGCGAUGAGGAAGCUCAGAUUACUGCUGGUCUAGACACAUCGAGGCCUAGACCCUGUAUGUUAAGAAAAUCCAUGGAGAAGAGGUACUCAUUUGUUAAGAGGGAGGAUGAAAAUAGGAUCUUGGAGACAAGGCCUGAGUGGAGAGGAGGUUUAUUUGAAUUUUGGAAUGAUGUGUAUCUGGCCUAUCUCACCGUUUUUUGCACUUUCUGUGUGUUUGGGUGGAAUAUGGAGAGGUUGAGGUUUGGUAACAUGUAUGUUCAUAUUGCCACAUUUGUUUUACUAUGUUCGGCUCCAUUCUGGAUCUUUAACUUGGCUGCUAUCAAUAUUAACAAUGAGGUUGUUAGAGAAGCCUUAGGUUUUACUGGCGUUGUAUUGUGUAUUUUUGGGUUGCUUUAUGGUGGCUUUUGGAGGAUUCAAAUGAGAAAGAAGUUUAAUCUUCCUGAUAAUGGGUUUUGUUGUGGGAAACCAGCAGUGACUGAUUGCGCUCAGUGGUUGUUUUGCUGUGCUUGUUCUCUGGCUCAAGAGGUGAGAACCAGGAAUUAUUAUGAUGUGGAGGAAGAUAGGCUUUAUAGGAAGAGAGAGCAGGGAGAAGGAUCACCAAAGCUAUCUCCUUUGCCUCGAGAAAAUGGGUCGGUUACAAGUUCCCCUUUGUGGAAUAGUGGGUCUAGUCCUUUGGGUCAUGGGACCCUCACCAGAGAGAGUCCCACAACGGCCGCAUCAGAUGAGCAAGUAACAGUGGCAGUGGAUUCACCUUCUUCUAGUAAUGGAGGGGAUGCCAUGGAGCCCCCUUCCCCUGUUGUGAUUGAGAGAUUUUAGUCAUCUAUGUAUACCCUUCUCAAUAUACAGUGGCUUUUUGUUGUUCCUUGCACUUGCAAAGUUUUGAGGUGGGCAUGGGGUUGAACCUGGAUAUCUCCAUUUGACGAAUGAGGGUGGUGGGAGCUGCUUCUAUGCUUAGAUGGUUAGAUUUUGAUUCAGCUGAAUUUUAUGCUUCGGAUAUGGUUCACUUUCGGAGAUGAUCGAGAGAGAGAAAGAGGUUCUGGGCUUGGACCUCAGGUUUAGCAUCAGCAGUAGACCCAAGUUGUUCUAGUCUUUUGAUGAAAUACACAUCUCCUCUGUUUUUUUUCUUUUAAGCUUUUUGAUGAAAUAUACAUUAAUGGGCAUGAAAAAGGCAAAGGGAAAAAUAAAAAAAAAGGAAAAAAAAGAAAGAAAAACUCAAAAAACUUGAACUUCUUAUGUCUUUCCAUAGCAAAAAGAGGUGAGAUUCAAAGUUACUGUUUUCUUUUUCUUCUGUUUGCUGCAGCCAUUUUACAGUGAGCUGGGCUUUGUAGACACCAAGUUACAUGAGCCAUCAAUUUGAAAUCGAGUCAAUUCCA